GCCGCCGGCUGCGCGCGCCUCUCGUCCCGGACGCUCCGAACGCACCUGGGGUGUGUGCUGCAUGGUGCGCGUCCUGGCCCAUGCGUCUCCAUGGCGACGGCGGGGGCCCGGCAGCCCGAGCGGGGCCGCGGCACUCCGGGGGCCUCCGUGGCUGCGUGGCCGUGUUCGCCGCCGUGGCCGCCGUGUUCACCCUCACUCUGCCCCCCUCGGUGCCGGGGGGAGACUCGGGGGAACUGAUCACAGCUGCACAUGAGCUCGGAGUGGCCCAUCCUCCUGGCUAUCCUUUGUUCACGCUGGUGGCUAAACUGGCAAUCACACUCUUUCCGUUUGGCUCUGUUGCCUACCGAGUCAAUCUCCUCUGUGGCUUGUUUGGAGCAGUAGCUGCAUCAUUCCUUUUCUUCACUGUUUUCAGGCUUUCUGGCUCACAUGCUGGAGGAAUCCUUGCUGCGGGGGUGUUUUCAUUUUCUCGUCUAACAUGGCAGUGGUCCAUUGCAGCUGAGGUUUUUAGCUUAAACAAUCUGUUUGUGGGGCUGCUCAUGGCGCUUACUGUACAUUUUGAGGAGGCAGCAACCGCAAAGGAGAGAUCAAAGAUAGCGCACAUUGGUGCUUUCUGUUGUGGCCUCAGCUUAUGUAACCAGCAUACAGUAGUGGUCUAUGUUCUAUGCAUAGUACCUUGGAUUCUCUUCCGAUUUCUAAAAGAGAAGGAACUCUCCCUGGGCUCUCUGUUGAAGCUGGUUCUGGCCUUCUCUGCUGGCUUGCUGCCCUAUGUCUACCUUCCCAUUUCAUCCUACCUCAGUCACGCCCGCUGGACCUGGGGAGACCAGACGACACUUCGAGGGUUUCUAACACAUUUUCUCAGGGAAGAAUAUGGAACAUUCAGCCUGGCUAAAUCUGAAAUAGGAUCCAGUAUGUCUGAAAUUCUGCUUUCACAAAUAACAAAUAUGAAGACUGAGCUUUCAUUUAACAUCCAAGCUCUCGCAAUUUGGGCAAAUAUAUGCUUAGUAAUAAGGGACAAACAGCAUUCAUCAUUAGUGUGGCUUUUCACGGGAAUGGUUUGCGUUUAUUCAUUUUUCUUCGCCUGGAGGGCAAAUUUAGAUAUCUCAAAACCACUUUUCAUGGGUGUGGUGGAACGAUUCUGGAUGCAGAGCAAUGCAGUAGUGGCUGUCCUCGCUGGCGUUGGGUUGGCUGCACUUGUGUCUGAGACUAACCGAGUGCUGAAUAGCAAGGGAAUUCAGUGUCUGGAGUGGCUGUCAGCAACACUUUUUGUAGUUUUCCAGAUAUACUCUAAUUACAGCAUUUGUGACCAAAGAACCAACAAUGUAAUUGAUAAAUUUGCAAGGAAUCUUCUGGACUCUAUGCCUCAUGAUGCUAUCAUCCUACUCAGAGGAGAUUUGCCAGGGAACUCUCUCCGUUACAUGCAUUACUGCGAGGGAUUGAGGCCAGAUAUUUCAUUAGUGGAUCAGGAAAUGAUGACUUAUGAGUGGUAUUUACCUAAGAUGGCAAGGCAUUUACCAGGAGUGCACUUUCCUGGGGACCGGUGGAACCCUGUGGAAGGAGUAUUGCCUAGUGGGAUGGUCACGUUUAAUCUUUAUCACUUUCUUGAAACAAAUAAACAAAGAGAAACAUUUGUUUGCAUAGGAAUUCAUGAAGGUGACCCAACUUGGAAAAAGAACUAUUCACUUUGGCCAUGGGGAUCUUGUGACAAAUUAGUUCCUUCAAGGAUUGUUUUCAACCCAGAGGAAUGGAUUAAUCUCACAAGAAACAUCUAUAACUGGACUGAACAAUAUGGAAGGUUUGAUCCAUCUUCUUGGGACUCUGUGGCCAAUGAAGAGAUGUGGCAAGCAAGGAUGAAAACACCGUUCUUCAUCUUUAGCCUAGCAGAAACUGCCAACAUGCCCUCAGAUGUGAAAGCCCAACUCUACGCUCAUGCAUAUAAACUUUAUAAAGAGAUUGUCUCUUUGCAAGAGGAACACCCUGUGAACUGGCACAAAAACUAUGCCAUUGCCUGCGAGAGGAUGCUGCGCCAUCCAGGGGUGGACACGGACCCUGAGGUCUUGCUGUUGGAAACCAUCAGACAUUUCCGUCGCUACACUCAGAAAGUGCAGAAUGAUCCACAGAGAACUGACAUCUUAGCUGCUCUCAAGCACCUAAGAAAAGAACUGCAAAGUCUAAGAAACAGGAAAAAGGUCUGAGGCAGCAAAGUGUGGCAAACCUGCUCAUCCUUCUCCCCAAACUUCAAGUCCCAAAGUUGUUCCUUCAAGUAAAGAAUCUGUAUAAAAGUAGAAAACUAAACCCUCUCCCAGAUCCAAGGAACCUGGCACAGCAGUACCCAUGAUGGAUAUUAGGGGUGAAAACAUAUGCUCUAUGCAAGAUUGUGCUUCUCCCAUGUGACCAAAUUAACAUUUCCAGGAAAAGCAUUCAAAACACCUACUUCUGCAGUCUUCAGUGUUCCAUUAGGUUCUAGAAGAAGAGUGUCUGCACAUAUCUGAAGUGCUGGCCUUGGUCCUAUAAGGGCCAUGCUUUGUGUGAUCCAUGCUAAAAGCUAGAUGCUUAAAAUAUUUGUUCCAGACCAAAGGCAUUUUCUGUUUCCCAAGUGCGGUAAUUUUUUAAAAUUUUUAUUUAUUAUUUUUAUGUGUAUGCAUGUAUUGCCUGCAUGUAGGUAAGUGCACCUAUGUCAUGCAGUGCCCACGGAGGUCAGAAGAGGCUGUCGGAUCCCCUGGGACUGGAGUUACGGACAGUUGUUAGCUGCCAUGUGGGUGCUGGAAUUCGAACCUGGGUCUUCUGCAAGAACAACCAGUGUUCUUAACCGCUGAGCCAUCUCUCCAGCCCCAAGUGCAGUAAUUUCUAAAAACAAUGGCUUCUGUUAUGCUUCAAGUUAAAAUUCCUUUUUAAAAAAUUAUAGUUGUUAGGUAAUCUAUACACCAAGUAGUAAGGUUUGAGUUUUAUCAUCUAAUCACUAAAGGAAAGCUCAUUUAAUGUUUGCUUAUUGCAGUUGUAGAAACUGGAAAAUUAAAAAACAGUUUAUAUGUGCUUAAUUAAUUUCAUAUUUAUGUUUUACUUCUAUUUGGAUUCACAGAUCUAGGUCCAAUAAUUAAUAGGUUCCUGCUGCCCAAAUGCAGAAAAGGGGGUGAGCAAGGCUGGGGGUGGGGAAGUUGUUCAAUAAAUUCAUUUCUGUUACAAGCAUCUUUUAUACAUAUUACUAAAGAGAACAUAGUAAGAAAUGCAAAUAAUAAUAGUUCUUUAUUUUAUUAUGACAGUUAAUUAAUAGCAACCUGUUUUAAUGAAUAAAGUCACUCAGAGUCCUUCAGCACUUCCUAAGUAGAGGCCAGAAUCUGUAGGGAUUCUUUUCCCCCCAAUUGUAUAGCUCCUAGACUCUAAGCACUAUAUAGACCCCUGUAUAGAAAUGCUCACUAAUGAAGAGGGAGGGCUAGAAGCUUGUCUGCAUUCAAAGAUCACUGGUGAGUCAUUCAGCAAGAAAAGGCCCCUUACCAGGAAUAGUCACAGUUCCGUGGCAUUGUACUAGCAAAAGGGUCUGAUCAAAGGUCUCCUGUGGUGCUUGCAUGGUUCCCUUUCAUACUACGACCAUAAUUAAAACCACUAAUUCUCUUUUAAAAUGCUGCAGGAUGCCAUGUAGGCAUCUGUCUGGAGUGUCCUUUGUGAUGUCAUAAGCUGUUAAGGACCAGUGCCGAGAGCUUUUGAGCAAAAUGCCAGUCAUGAAGGUGCUUCAAGACAAGGGUGCCUCUAAAAGCUUGACAGGGCCUUGACUGCACUAUUCGAGCUGAAUUUGCCCCUUGUCAGCUGCCAGUAAAUAAAUCUCAAAGGGGGAGAAGCUGAAGUUUCAUUACCUGAUCCAUGGGGCUUUGUUGGUUUUGGCAUCACACAGGGGAAGCUCUUGCCCUGCCAUUCUCUGGGUUUGAAGAUGUCCAUUGGAGCCUGCAGUGCCUGGACAGGGUUCAGAGCGGAACCUUUUGAAGAGUGUCAAUAGUUGUAACAGUUCAGCUGUUAGGAAGACAAAUAAAUGGAGGAGCUCAUUAAUCCGCUUUUGGCUCUCAGUGCCUUUUGCCCUUUUAUCACAGCCUUAUUAGGUUCCUACUCAUCUUGAACCAGAAAAAAAUGAAUUGAAGUUGUUGAGUACUAAUUGGCAAAGACUUUUAAUCAUGGGCCAAGAACUUUCACUGACUUGAAAGUAACUUCUCCACAGGGAAGAGCCAGAAACCUGGUUUACCUUAAAACAAAAACCUGUUGGAGUUCAUUGUGCUGUAAAAAUUUAAGGAAGCGUUGAUAAAUUGUCUAAGUUUAUCCAUUUGAAAGAAAUUAUGUAAGAUUAUGAUUUUCGUUUCUCUGUGGAAAAAGUACAAUAAAAUUCAAACAUUA